AUGAUCACUACAAAUCUCCGGACUGCCUUGCUCAACAUUCGGAAGCCAGACCAGCCAUGCACGAUUUGGGUCGACGCCGUCUGCAUCGACCAAAACAGCGUUCUGGAGAGAAACCAUCAGGUUUCCAUCAUGGCAGACAUCUAUAGAAACGCUGCUCGCACUAUCGUGUGGCUGGGAGAGAGUCGUCCUGCGUACACGGCAAAGGCAUUUACCAUGGUGGACGAGCUUGCGGCUGAGGCCAUUUCUCGGAAGCACCCUUCUAUGGACAUCGACCCUUAUAACCUGCCCCUGGUGCUGUUGGACCGGAAGCCCACAGAGAGCCCGCUCUUCCACCGGUUUAGAGACGACUUUAGCAUCCUCCAUCUUGCCUGUGCCGAGUGGUGGUUCCGUGCCUGGACCGUUCAGGAAAUCCUCCUCGCAUCACAGGCUGUAGUCAUGGCUGGCACAUUGACCAUGGAUUGGAACCGCUUCUCGGCUGGUAUCAACUAUGGCCUUACUCUUGGUAUCUGGAACCCGGUGACGCUUGGGAUAAUUGUCGAUCCGAUCGUAAUACCAUAUCUGUCGACAUACGCUUUGUGGGAACAGAGGCAGGGACCAUCGAUUACGACACCUGAGCAGACUUUGAUGGAACUACUCAUUCAAUGCCGUUUUCGACAAGCCUCGGAUCCUAGGGACAAGGUCUACGCUCUACUAGGGCUUAUAGACGCGGAUGCAGACAAAUCCGCUAGCUCUUUUGCCAUCGAGGCUGACUACAGACUGUCGACUAGCCAGGUAUACUGUCAUGCUGCCCGGAAGCUAUUACUGCAAUCAGGCGACCUCAAUGUUCUCGGAGCAUGCACUCCAACUACCAACCUGGAGCUUCCUUCUUGGGUGCCCGACUGGAGUGCACCAAGCGGCCCUCGCCCUAUUAUGCAUGACGCUCGAGGAAAAUUGCGUCAGACUCACGCCUCCUGCGGUACAAAGGCGACGCCCCGUUUCAUUGACGACAACCGCCACCUCAUGCUCGAGGGCCACGAAGUAAUGACAAUCACGCAUCUCUCGUCCGUCCUGCAUCGCCUCCAGCGAGAUGGCAGUGGAUUUAAGCCAAUAAAGGCGGGAGAUACGCUCAUGGCGCGCUUGGCCUCUCUGGGCCAGCUAUUUAUGCUCGUCAUGGCAAUCUAUUGGGAGCUGUCGUCGGUUGUCCCGCACUUGGCCACCUUUUGGGACUGGGAGGCAUUUGCGCAGGAGUCUCCAGUAUCGUCAAAGAGCAGCCAAGACACAUCGUCCACCAAUCCAGAGUUUGAGGAUGGUUACGAUCCGCUCGCUGUCUACUGGCAGACGCUCUGUGUGGGCACCUUUGCCUCUGGUGGCCGCCACGCGACGUCCCAGCUCUUUUACUCGUGGCGAUCCAGUCUACGACCCGUUUUCCACUUGUAUCAAUGGCGCGUGGACAGUCUGUUCCGUCCUCUAGCCUUCCUAGGUUACGUGAUGCGCACGUGGCGGGACUACAGCGAGUUUGCUAGCUUGCUGGAGCACGUGUACGAAAGACGACUGGGUCGUGGCGAGAAUGGGUUUUUAGCUCUGCUCCCGGGAGAGGCUGAGGUGGGAGACAAGAUUGUCCUCGUGAAGGGUGGGAGAGUGCCUUUGCUACUGAGGAGAGAUGAGGAAGGGCUAUGUUUGAGGAGGCAAAGUGUGUCGAGAUGA